ACACGCCAUCUCUCUCUCUUUCUCUCGUCCUCCUCGAUCCUCUCUCCCACACGAGCUCACUUACGGAAAGCGAGCGCUCUAUCUGAGCAGAUUGCAAAUCCAGAUCUCGCUCGCUUUCCGCAUUGCCAAACUGUAGCGUUGUACCUACCAGUGACGCUAGCUCCGCCAAGGCACUGUUGCCUUGGCAUACGAGCCCCCUCUUCGACGGCAGUGAGCGAGUCCGCAGACCUCUUAAUCUUGCAAGAAGCACAAGCAGCUACUUCGGCCCACUGCCGCGUGGCCGAUCACCGCCAUGGAGCAGGAUCAGGCUGGCGGCAAGUCUUGGGUCUCGCAAGGACAGCCAAACCUGCCGAGGUCGUCAGACCAUUCCCACAGGCCAAUCGAAUCUGGAAUAGCAGCGCAGAAUAUAGCAUCGUCGGCUCAGGGUUACGCCGACGGAUUCAGUGGCUUUACACGUAAUCUCCAAGAUGACCAGGUGCUGCCACGGCCGGCAUCGGUAUCUUCUUACGGUGGCAGCAGCUCUAUAUCACCGCAUCUCGAAAGAGGGUAUACUCCAUCGAUGUUGCCUUCUUCCUUGUUACCGUACCUUCCAAGCGAUCUGCACCCAUCUGUAGGCGGUUCUAGUAGCGAAUCGUGGCCAGACCUCUAUGAUCACAUCCAUCUUCAAACUCAAGCGCAAUCACUCGAUUACGGUGAUCAUUCGACGUAUCUGCCCAAUAUCAACCACGGCUACUCAAGAAUUGGCCACGCAGAUCCUCUAGCUACUACAGGUCCUUCCGACGCAAUGACACGGGGCGCGUCGCAGCCGCUCGUGCCUCUCAUCUCGCCCCUGAUUCCCGGAGAGGCAGAGGGAUAUGCGGGGGGUAGCCCAUCCCUCAAUCUGGCUGGUACUCCCCAGUCUUAUGCAGGCAUACUGGCGCCAAGCCCUGCCUCUGCAAAGUCAGAAGCCAGGUCGUACGAGUCUGUGAGCGUCAGCCAGGCGAGAGGUACAAGGCACUUGGCGUGCGAUUUCUGCCGCGGUCGAAAGCUCAAGUGCAUUAUCGAUGUACCCAAUGAACGCUGUAGGCAAUGUCUUCGUCGCGGGCGUACGGAUUGUAUCAUUCCUACUACAAACACCGAAGCGGAAGAGACUGCAAUGCCGAAGAGCAAAAGAAGGAGACAUGCGGCAACAGAAGACGCACGGAGCGGCAGCAGGAGGUCCCACCUAAGCUCGAGCUCAAGUUCCAGUUCCACUUCGACCUUCGCCCAUCUCGCGCAGGAGCAAGACCAGCUGUCAGCUGCUCACGCUGCAGCGAGGGAGGUGCCUAACGGCGUUCAGAAGGAGCUCAAACGUCAGCAACUCCUUCAACAGGGGUCUUCGCUCCCAACAGCCGCCUCUCUUACUGAUGUGCUUCUCACUCCCGGCACGAAGCGCCUUGGUAGGCCUAGUGAAGACUUUCACAGCGCCUUACAACGGCAUGGGGUCAUCGGCGGGCUUGAACCAGAAAGUGUCCAACACGUGGGCCAGGUCAUGAAAGGUCAACCCCCGACAGGCGUGGCAAGCAUGAAUUGGCCAUUCCACAGCAACGCUGUGACGUCUCCCGGGCUAGGACCACGAGUCGUGUCUUGGGGUGGGGACUGGUGGGACAGGUGCCUGUCUACAUUUGGCCCGAGGCCUCAAAGCGUCCGUAUUGUCGAAGGCCUCCUUCAGCAAUUCGUCGUCAAGCAUGCCACAUUGAUGUCAUUCUUCCACAAAGAGACUUUUCUAGACGCUAUGAGACGGCCCGAGAAGCGCCGUUCCUUACACCCUGCCGUCGUCUUCGCUGCUUUGGCUGCAGCUGUAUGUGAUCUCAAGGUUCCACGCCGCGAGGAACCCUUCACGGCUGAUAUCACGGCUGCUGAUACCAGUGCCCAACGUCUCGCACACACGCUGCGUCGUAUAUCCAACGAGUACAUUGACGUCGCUCUACUCAAUGGUAACGGCGCUGAUGAUCGCCUCGCCCAGGCUGCAAGUACUCUUCUGCUGACGGAAACGACCGCUUCGGGAAGCCAGCGCCUCCUGAACAUAGUAGACAAUAUUGUGCGCGGUCUAGAGUCUCGGCUACCCGCCUGUGCGUUCAAGGACCCCCAAAAAGCAGAUGUCCCCGAUCCAUCGCAUCCCGAUUACUUCCGAGUACCUGAAGGUCAGGUGACGCGAGACAGCGAAGUCUCUCUAGAGUUGCUGCUGAGAAUAUGCAAGACGCAAAUCAGCCACUUUGUCCGCCAAGUCCUGGCCAAACCUGACGAGGACAUCACAUCGAAUCAGCUGCCCAUGUUCAUUUCGACUCUGCGUCCCUUCUACAUCUGGGAGCCUAGUAGCCUGUCAAAGGAGGAUCUACCAGAUUCAUUCUUCCGCUCGGUACAAUUCACAAGAAUGUCGUCCCUUCUUGCAAAAACAUUGGCGCGCCUAAUCAGACUCGACGCUGCCUCCUUUAGUGUCAACGACCCUGCCUCGUAUGGCGAGGUCUUGGCGCUGCACAAAGAUCUUGCAAUUUUGGAGACUGGUCUUCGAUGGCUGGGUGGUCAGCAGGAUCAAGAUGCCGCGGCCAUCCUUCCCGUUCAGGCUCAACAAAUCUUCGUCAAGAUCCACGUCUUCAUCCGUGUCUCCUUGUACCGCAAGACGGGCAUCUGGCACAUCGUAGAGGAUGCAGAUGGAGCACUGCCUCCUAGUCUGGUCUGGUGGAUGAGCAUGUUCACUCAGACUAUCAGAGACCUGCGUUCAGACGCCGAUUCCUGUUUUGCGUCUAUCUUCUUCGAGUUGAAGAGCUCUACUGCAGAGAUCGAGGCUGCGCUUCGACAAGUCAAGGUUGCAGUGCAGAUCCUCGAGGUGCUCAGCUAUCCGCACGAGGACAUCGAACAGCUCCUUCUCGAGAGUCUCGACACACUGCAGAUGCAAGUCACCCUUCGACCGGGGUGCGUGACGCCCGACGGUGUCCCACUUCUAAACAUAUUGGACGAUGUCCAGGGCGCCUUUCGUGCCUUUUCCCAGCGCAAGACUAAUUUACUGUUGUCCAGCAACGGACUUGUACCUGCACCAAGUUAAUUCUCCAGUCACUCUGUCCAGACGCGGAUGUAUUUGUAAACUCGGGGAAAAC